AUGCGAGACAUUCAUACAGAAUCAAAUUUACCCGAAGUACAAGUGAUUAGUUUAAUAAACGAAACAUUGCCUCGUUAUACUUUGCGUGCUGAUACCGAAUUUUCUUGUACAAAUCAAGAUUUUAUACAAACACCAAUUAUUAAUAGUUCAGAUAUUGAAGGAUUUUCAAACGAAGAAAUACAAUUGACACUGGAUUAUUUUCAGGCUGUUACACGAUUGUUAGAAGAACGUGAAAGAGAUUUAAAUGUUGCCGCUGGAUUUGGUAAAAUAUUAUUAGAAAGUAAUGAUCAAUUAAAACAACAAGUUAAUUUAUUGGAACAAGAUAUUGAACAAACAACAGAAAUGGUUCGGCAAUUAAAACAUGAUUUAUUACUCAAAGAUCGUUUAAUACGUUUUUAUGGUGAUAUGGAAUUAGAUAUGAUACCAGUAGAAGAAAGAAAUUUUGAUACUCAUCAUUUUGAACAAAAAAUUCGCAAUUUAGAAUAUGAAAAUCGUGAAUUAAGAGCAGAAACAUUAGAAUUGAGAUCGGAUACUGAUACAUUCGAACAAAAAGAACGAACUAUUGUCACUAAUUGUGUAAAUGCACUUGCAAAUGCUAAUGCUCAAGUUGAUCAUUUUCAACAAGAAUUAAUUAAGAAAAAUGAUGAGAAUAAUCGACAACAAGAAGAAAUAACAAGAAUAUCAUAUGAGAUGCGCGAAGUACGUCGUCGUCUUUACGAGUUGAGAAAAGAAAAUGAAGAAUUAAAAGUAUUACUAUUAUUAAGCGGAAAAAGCAAGCAAGAAUAUGAAUUUAAAAUUCAAGAACUUGAAAAAAAUUAUGCAGAUUGUGUUGAAAAAUUACAUAAAACACAAUCCGAAGUACUCCUAUUACAACAAAAAGCUUUAACAUCAUCAUUAUCAUCAUCAUCCACAACAAUCAAUGAAAAUUUUCAUCAACCUACUCAUCAAACAAUAUUUUUGUCACCGACAGACUAUGCUAAUUUUAUGGGUAUGGAAAAUUCGUUAAAAUAUGAAUUGGAAGAAGUUGAUAUUGAUCCGUAUGAGUUAUAUCCUACACCAUUAACAGAAUCAUCAAUAAAAAUGGAUGAACAAAAUUAUAAACGUCGUCAGAAAUGUCGAAGUGAUACGGAUGAUUCGUCAAUUAACGAUUCAGCCUACAGUGAUACCGAAAGUUUAAGCAGUGUAUCGUCUUGUCGUCACCGUGAAUUCAAAGAAAAAUUAGAUUCAAAUCAGCCGAGCAGGUUACGACUUGUAAAACGUUUGGAAGGAUCAGUCAUGUUAAAACGAUGGCAAGAACUGGCCACUCCAUCCUUUUCAUCUUGUCUUCAAUCUAUACCGGGUGUUUAUACACGAGCAGAAAUUUUACAAGGUUUGAAAGAAGAAGAUGAAACAUACGUGGAUAAUGACCAAACAAUAGACGAUGAUAUAUCUUGUUAUCGUCUGUCAGAAGAAAAAGACCAAGAAGAAAUAUCAAUAUCUUGUUCAAAUGAUAGCACAAAACGCAUGGCUUUAUUACAGUUACUUGAAGAUCGUGGUUUAACUGCUCGUACAUUUGAACAAAUUGAUUCGUCUCCGAUCAACAAUUUUUCAUCGUCAUACGAGACAACAUCAACAAAUAUUGACUCAAUGAGAGAAAUUCAAAAAAAUCUAUUAUCCCAUAAUCUUUUAUCACAGUCAUCUAGUCAUUCGAUUUCGAAACCGACAUCAUUAAAUCUUAACACAUCUUGUCUACUAUUUGAUUCAGAUGAUGAUAAUGAAUCUCCUGAGACACCACCAUCAACUCCAAUUCAAAACUCCUAUUUACAAACGAAUGUAUUAUUAAAUCAAGUUAUGCAACGUCUUGUUGGUCUAUCAUUUCGUACAAUUCAAUCUUUAACUUCAUCUGUGACAACAAAUAUGCCGUUGAAUGAAGAGACACAAACUAUUACUUCUCCCACAAUAACAAUGACAACUAGGAGAUCAGAUAUUUGUCCAACUCCUCCAUCUUCACCCACAUUUGAACUAGUCACACCAACUCCAAAUACAGUCAAAAAAAUUAUGAAAACAAGUACAUUUAUACGUGUAUCCGCUCUGAAUCCAUAUGCGAAUAAAUCUGUACGCGAUGUUGUUGCUGAUUCCACAUCUCCAAAUGAAGUACCAUCCGCUCUAGCUGAAUUUACACGUAGUUUAAAAUGGAAAUAA